AUGGUGCCUAACUGGUUGGGUGCGACCGUGGGGAAGAAUAAGGACAACGAGUUGGUCCUAACUCGUGUUCAGAAAGGAUGGCAGGGGAGCAUUGAUUACCGCGAGCUAAAUGCCACAACAAGGAAAGAUCAUUUCUCUCCCUUGUUCAUCGAUCGAAUGUUGGAACGGUUAGUUGGAUAUCCCUACUACUGUGUCCUCGAUGGUUAUUCUAGCCAUAACCGAGUUCUUUUGGACCACAAAGAUCAAGAGAAGCCCAUUUUCAUUUGUUCUUUUGGUGCAUUUGCCUACUGUCAUAAGUUGUUUGGGUCAUGCGACGGACCUGCUGUGGAGAGUCUAGCUGAAGACGAACAAGUGUUUUCAAUUCAAGUUUGGGGGACGUUCUCCAACGUCAUUGAGAGAAAACUGCGGUUUGAAGGUGGAAAUUUGCAAAGAAAUUGUGAGCCCUUGUGUUUUGCAAGUAAGGGAAACUGCGGUUUGAAUAUAGAAGAUGUAAAGGAAUUGAAGAAAAGCACUUCUGGAGUUGGGAUCGAGAGCACUACACUGGUGCUCGAGCCCAGUAGCCUUACGCUCGAGCAUGGACAGUAG